ACACUGCUAAAUUUUAGCAUCUAGUAUUCAAACACCCUGAAACCACCCACAAUCUUUUCUUCCAACCACUAGUGCUUGACUGACUCGCGAGCUCCAAAACCACAAUCUUUUCUUCCAACCACUAGUGCUUGACUGACUCGCGAGCUCCAAAACCACAAUCUUUUCUUCCAAAAUUUGUUAAAAGGGUUCCUUUCGAAGCUCCCUUUUCGAAAUCUCUAAAGAUUCGACCUCACCAGAAAUGGCGUGCCACACCAGCAGCAGCAGAGCAGAGUGCCACAAAGGAAGGCCUUCUCACAAAUGGGUGAUUCCCACGCCGUGGACAUCCCUUCCCUGGCCCAGCAGCUGAGGGAGGAGCUGGCCGCCGCGGACGCGCCGCCGCCCCGACUCCCCGGCGGCUGCCCCAUCGUCAUCGCCGUGGUCGGCGAGCUCACCCGCAACGUCGACCCGGCCGAGUACGUCCCGCACCACGUAUGCAUCGGGCCCAACCACCGCAGCAGGAGCCCGCCCCUCGCCAGGGACGACGAGAAGCUCCGGAACCUCCGCGACGUCAUGUCGGUGGCAAGCGCCGGCGUGACGCUGGAGGACUACCUCGGCGAGGUCGCGCGAAUCGAGUGGCAGGCCAGGAGCUGCUACGACCGCACGUUCGAGCAGAUGAGUAGCGCGGACUUCGUCCGCAUGCUGCUGCUCGACGCUUGCUACUUGCUCGUCCGGUUCGGCCACAUCGCCGGACGCCGCGGGAACGGCGGCGGCGCUGCCGGGGCAGCACCGUCGGUGGGCGGCGGCGACAUGAUGGAGGCCGUCGCGGUGGUGCGCGACGCCCUGUAUCUCGCGGAGAAUCAGAUACCGUUCUUCGUCGUCGACAAGGUCCACCGGCUCACCGUUCCGGACGCCGGCGUUCCCGCGACGGACGCGAUCGCUGGGUACGUCCGGGAGCUCCUGCGGGGGCAGCAGUACUCCGUGGCCACGCCGGUGGUGGCGGCGCCGCCGGGUCCGGGCAACCUUCUGCACCUGCUCCACAUGCACCUGACGCCUACCGCACUCUCGCCACACACCACCGGCAGCAGAGCCACCGGCGGCAAGCGUCAGUUCGGCCGGUGGCGCACGGCGGCGGAGUACCACUGCGCCGGCGUGGGGUUCAGGGCCCGGCCCCUCGGCGGCAUAGGCGGCGCCCGCUCGAUCCUCGACGUGAAGCUCAACCGCCGCGGCAGCACGCUGGAGAUCCCCCGUCUGAACGUCGACGCCGAGACGUGGCGGCUGCUGCGCAACCUGAUGGCGCUGGAGCAGAGCAACCCGGCGGCGGCGGGGAGCCACGUCACGGCGUACUGCGUCUUCGUGUCGCAGCUGGCGUGCACGCCGCGGGACGUUGAGCUCCUGUCCAGGCGCGGGGUCAUCUCGCACGGCCUCGGCGGCCAUGACGAGGUCGCCGGGCUCCUUGCCGGCCUCUGCAAGGGUGUCGCGUUCAGGCCCGACGACCCCGUCGGCAACUACCUGCACGCGACGUGGCAGGCGAUGGAGGGGCGGUUCCGGAGCCGGCCGCGGCGGUGGGCGGCGUGGCUGAUGCUCAAGUAUUUCACCAACCCGUGGCUCGCCGUCGGGCUCGCGGCGGCGGCCGUCGGGCUGCUUUGCACCGUGGUGCAGGCGGUGUACGCUGUUUUGAGCUACACACCAGCCACGUAAAAAUUCAAUGACAAGUGACAUCCCUGUGCGGAUGUGACUAUGACAAGUCAACAUUGGCGUGCUUUAGGAUGUCCUUUUUCUUUAGCACAAAGAAAGGGUUUUGUAAUGUUCAGUGGGACAUGAGAUAGCAGCGGGUGGCUAUGUCACGCGUUCAGGCACAAAAAACUGAAGUGGUCUUCUAAAUAUUUGCAAAUUUUGAAUCGGUUUUUAAGCUACUAGAAAUUGCAUUCUAAUCAA